AGGAGCGAGGAGGCGAUGAGAGGAAGGUGCAAUAAACACACAGGGCGUCUGCGCCUAUCUAAGUAGGACAAUAAAGUGAAAACGGUAUCAAUGUUCUAACAAUGGAUUUGUCAGACAUGCUUGUUCUUAAAGUUUUCCUGUUCGUGUACUUACUAAACCACACCCAAGGACACUAUAGAAAUCCCCUGAACAAGUACAUCCGUCACUAUGAAGGUCUCACCUACGAGACAGAGGUGGUACACAGCAAUCAUCAGAGGGCCAAGAGGGCGCUCUCUCAUGAAGACAAGUUCCUACAUUUAGAUUUUCACGCCCAUGGAAGGCAUUUCAAUUUACGGAUGAAAAGGGAUACCAGCUUGUUUUCUCAAGAUUUCAAGGUAGACGUUUCAGGAGAUGAGGUUCCAUUUGAUACCUCUCAUAUCUACACCGGAGAAAUCUACGGUGAGAAAGGGACCCUGACUCAUGGCUCCAUUGUGGAUGGUAAGUUUGACGGCUUCAUUCAGAGCUACCAAGGCACCUACUACGUGGAGCCUGCUGAGAGAUACCUGGAGGGCAAAGACGUUCCCUUCCACUCCGUCAUCUACCAUGAAGAUGACAUACACUACCCGCACAAGUACGGCCCAGAGGGAGGCUGCGCUGAUAGCUCAGUGUUUGAAAAGAUGAAGAAGUUCCAAGCCUCGGCCGUUCAGGAGCCACCCAAGGAGCUCCACACUGAGGCGAGCUCUAAUGACCCGGUGCUGCUGAGGAAGAAGAGGAUGGCGCAGAUUGAGAAAAACACCUGCCAGCUGUUCAUUCAGACCGACCACCUCUUCUUCAAGUACUACAAGACCCGGGAGGCUGUCAUCGCUCAGAUCUCCAGUCACGUCAAAGCUAUCGAUGCUAUCUAUCAGGGAACAGACUUCAUGGGCAUCCGCAACAUCAGCUUCAUGGUGAAAAGGAUCAGGAUAAACACCACCAGUGAUGAGAGGGACCGGUCCAACCCGUUCCGCUUUGCCAACAUUGGCGUGGAGAAGUUCCUGGAACUGAACUCGGAGCAGAACCACGACGACUACUGCUUAGCUUACGUCUUCACCGACAGAGACUUUGAUGACGGCGUGUUGGGUUUGGCCUGGGUCGGAGCCCCUUCAGGGAGCUCGGGAGGCAUCUGUGAAAAGAGCAAGCUGUAUUCUGACGGAAAAAAGAAGUCUCUCAACACUGGUAUAAUCACUGUACAGAAUUAUGCCUCCCACGUACCUCCAAAAGUCUCCCAUAUCACUUUCGCACAUGAAGUAGGACACAACUUUGGCUCCCCGCAUGACUCUGGAUCUGAGUGCACUCCAGGAGAAUCCAAGAGCCAAGACAAGAAGGAGAAGGGCAAUUAUAUUAUGUAUGCAAGAGCAACAUCGGGAGACAAGCUCAACAAUAAUAAGUUCUCCGUCUGUAGCGUGCGCAACAUCAGCCAGGUGCUGGAGAAGAAGAGAGGAAACUGUUUUGUCGAGUCUGGUCAGCCCAUCUGUGGCAACGGCCUAGUGGAGCCCGGAGAGGAGUGUGACUGCGGCUACAGCGACCAGUGCAGGGACCAGUGUUGCUAUGAUGCAAACCAGCCUGACAACAAGAAGUGCAAGCUCAAGCCCAACAAAGUCUGCAGUCCCAGUCAGGGUCCCUGUUGUACUCGAGAGUGCUCCUACAAAGGUCGUAAUGAGAAGUGCAGAGAGGAGUCGGAGUGCGCUCACCAGGGCAUGUGUAACGGAGUCGGCGCACAGUGCCCCACAUCCGAGCCAAAGGCCAACUUCACCGCCUGCCACGGAGAGACUCAAGUCUGCCUCAACGGGGGCUGCUCCGGCUCCAUCUGUGAGAAGUACGGGCUGGAGGCCUGCACCUGUGCCAGCCAAGAUGGCAAGGACGAGACUGAGCUCUGUCACGUGUGCUGCAUGGAAAAGAUGAAUCCCAACACGUGCAGCAGCACAGGAUCGGAGCGCUUGUCUCGUUUUUUUAAUAAGAAGGUGACCACGCUGCCAGCCGGCUCCCCGUGCAAUGACUUCAAAGGCUACUGUGACGUGUUCAUGAAGUGCCGUCUGGUCGAUGCAGACGGCCCACUGGCCAGGCUGAAGAAGGCCAUCUUCAACCCAGAGCUCUAUGAAAACAUUGCCGAGUGGAUUGUGGCCCAUUGGUGGGCGGUGCUAUUGAUGGGCAUCGCCCUCAUCAUGCUUAUGGCCGGAUUCAUCAAGAUCUGCAGUGUGCACACACCGAGCAGUAACCCCAAACUUCCUCCUCCCAAACCUCUUCCAGGCACUUUGAAGCGGCGGCGAGCGCAGCAGCACGCUAACUCCCAGGUGCAGAACCAAUCCCAGCACCCGCACGGCCACCAGCACGGACACGGCGGCCAGCGGCAGCCCCCGAGGCAGCCUCAGCGUCAGGCGCAGCCGCAGAGGCACCACCGCCAGCCCAGAGAGAACUAUCAGAUGGGCCAGAUGAGACGCUGAGACCCCGCCCCACCCCCCUCCCCCCAAUGCCUUGGCUCCUCCUUGUGCCUACAGUGGGAAACAAAAAGCGUCACUCCAUCCAAAGAAAAAGCCUGACAUGGUUGUUAGUCGUCAUCAUAUCCUCCAUUUACAGACAAAAACAGACAUGUGAAAAAGAGAAAACACUAUCUAGCAACUCCAUUGGUUCUUUGAGGAGUGGACUCGACCAUCAGCCAUUUCCAAUGCAGUGCGAUCAAGCAUCCUUUUCCACCUUUCUUUUCUUUUCUCAGUUGAAGGAGUGCCAAGGAGUUAAGGAAUCAUGUGUAGCUUUAGUACAUUCUGUGAUGUGUUUUUGUUUUAUUGCAACGUCUUCUUGAGUGACACGCCCGUGGCUGCUGGUGAAUUGUUCCGUGAUUUUUUUCCAUUUUUUUUUCGCCAUUCUAGCCAGGAAUGAGAGACACUCGGUGGGGAUUUGCGACACUUGAUUUACACAUGUCAAACGGCAAAAGACACAGGCUCCGGUCUCUCGUGCAGACCGUCUUCUGCAUGUGACUGUACAUAUUUAGUGUAUCAUAAGUGAAAACAAACUAUUUCUUCUACUGUAAAUGUGUAAUUCUUCACUUUUUUUCUUUUUGUUUCGGUUAGUGCUCUCAGGACUCUUAACACGUAAUUGAAGGAAUAAUGGUUGUGAUGAGUUCCUUGGACGUUGCUGUUGAGGAUUUGGCGCCAUCAAGUUCUCUUUGCAGUCGUCCAAUCAGGUGGAUCUCUUUCACGUUCGUCAGAUGGAUAGAUUUCAAAUUUGAAGGUCACCAUAUCCCACUUUUUCAGGCCUUCUUUGUUCAAGGUCCCUUUUUUCAUCUUUUUUUUUAUUGUCUUGCUAACAUCAUGUUGCGGAACAAGCUAAAUGAGGUGAAGAGUGUUGGAACAGAAAGGGAGGAUCACCUUUUAUUGUCUUUACCGAAUUGUUUUUGAUAAAGAAUGAAUAACCACUAACUGAAGCUGAGGACCGUUCUACCUGCUCAGAUAUGAAGACGAGGGAAAGGCUGCUGUGGCUUAUUUUUAGAAGUGAGAGUGUAUCAUGUUACAGAGUUAGUUUACAUGAGUGUGGAAAUGAAUUGAAUAACGACUCCGGUGUAGAUGUAUAAAAAAAAUGUUAGAAGAAAUCAUUCUAUUAUUCUUCAGAUAGCCAAUCUAAGAAUCGUUCAAUGUGGGCAUGCAGACACAUUUAUUAAAUGUGACUUUUAAUUGACCAAGGUCUGUAACAUUUGUAUGUCACGCAAUGCUAUUUCCAUUGACAGCUAUUAAUGUGAGUCUUAAAACCAGUGGAAGGCGCAGUGUAACGCAGCAGUAUUGUCGCACUACUCACACAUCUCCUCAGUGUGUUCACUAGUUUCACAAGAGGCAAGCUGCUGCUGUUUCUUUUUUAUUUAAACUCACCUGCUGUUUACUCAGAUUUCAUUACGGACUGAAUCCCCUUAAGAGCUCAUGAGUGCUGGCCUCUAUUAACAUCAGUGUGCUAUCAACAGCUGAUCUUUUGAGCACAGGUUUCGUAAAAACACAGGAGCCAGUGAAAAUGGAAAACAUGAAGGAGAGGAGAUGGUUUGUUGUUGGAUUUUCUGACCUCAGGUGUUUUCUUCCAACCUUCGCUGCAGCACAGCAUGAGGGGCACUUUGGAAAAUGACAACAUGAUAACACUAAGCAACAAGAUUUGAUUUUCUGGUAAGGAUAUUUUGUGCAAAAUGUCAUGUUUAACUCGCCUAAAAAACAUUUCUCCCACCAAAUGGGAUGUGGCGAGUGGGUGAGCAAUUUGCUAUAGACACAUUUUGCACAAUAUAAUUGACAGUUUGUGCUCUGACUUUAUUUUAUCCUAGCAUUAUCAUUUUUAAAUGCAUGCAAUACUAAUCACAACUAAUAUCUUACAACACUGAUGGUUGUAACAUUCACACAUGUGCUCUGGAGGGGACGUAUAAAAUAACGUGUCUCACGGUUCAAAAGGCCGGUGAAUUUGGCCGGUCGGCGGUCGCUAUAUAACGUCUCAUGUCUGUACAAAGUGGAGGUCUUUUUAAAUUUCAUCCUGGAGGCUGGAUCACGCCUGUUAAAGCCUGGAGAAUCUACGUGUAAACUUGUACAGUACUUCGAAAAAUUUGCAUUUCAUUUGAAAAUGGAAAAAUGACAUUUUGAUACAUCAGUUUAAUUUUUUGUAUUCUAAUUCCAGUUGUUCGAAAAUGUUCAUAUGUGACAAACUUUCCUCUCCUCUUAAGUUAUUUAUGUUCUUCUAUGUGCUAGUUGAACUGGAGUUUGCUUAUGAUACUUUUCUCCACCAUCAUCGUUGGUAAAAACAAUUCAGGGUGAUGGAGUCAAUGUUACAUUCUCAUUUCUGUCUUUGUUCUCCUGUGGCAUGGUUUGGGUAGAAGAGCAGAGGAAUAAUGCCUGUAAAUUUACUUUCUUUUUAAUUUCGUAGUCUUGGUAAAGUUUUUAGAUAAACGUGCACUGAAAAUGUCCAAAUUGAGUUGAAAUGUUGUAGGUGAUGUAGGCCGAAAGAACACGAUUAAAAAGUAAUACUACUGUCUGAUUUUAAUGUUCACUGUGUUUUAUACAGUAUCGGAAAUUUUUGUUCACUUUGAACAUUUUUACUAAAAAAAAAUUUCAAAUUGUAUUGUGCAAAGAGAUGUAAUUUUUGGAGUACUUGAAAUGCAUUAAUUAAAAGACUCGUUCAAAAAUAAAAUAGACCCCUGUUUACUGUC